UGAUGUGGAACAAUUCACCAUUGAUGAUCAUUACUUGGCUGUCGUAUUUGAGCUUCUCGGUCGAUUCUUACCCUUUGAACCAACAGAAAAGAUCCACCACUUUCAGAUGGGAAAACCCCUGUCUUCUACAGGUACAGACAGAUACCCAAUCUUUACAACCGGCUGUGAUACCGCUUAAAGUCGCCCUACAGCAAAUCUACCAAAAAGCUAACUUACAAAGAGAUGCAGCAAUAACACUAAGGAAACAUUAUAUUCCAACCCUGGGUGAAAGAAUAACAAAUCCCUUCCUUAUUAAGUACCUGGAAUCAGCGGAAAUGGAUGAAUUAGAUUUAAUAGAAGAGAGCACACACUGUGAAAACAAUAUAACAGUUACUCUUCUGGAAGACUACAGACGUCUUUCCUUUUUAGCUGUGUUUUUAGAAAAGGUUGUAGAAGAUGAAGUAUUUUACGAACACGGAGAACUAUACGAUAACAUGAAACCUGUUCAGGAUUACCUAUACCAACUUAUGUGUGAUAUGCACACAACUAUCUAUACAGUUGUAAACGGCGCAAUAACAAAUCACGUGACACGUGAGGUCAUGAGCGAUGAAUUGAGGAAUUUGUCAGACGACCGUGCCAGUAGAUAUUACAGGGAUUACACAAUUGUUAGUAAGGACAUUGAAUUUCUUUCUCAGUUUUCUGACAAGUAUUUAAACAUAACAAAAAGUAUUUCCUGAUUUAAAUACUCAUUUAUAUAAUUCUUUUGCUUGUAUGAUAAAUGUAUGCCAGUUCUUGAAAUGCAGAUUUGUUGGUUUUGAUUUAUAUUUUAUACAAGAUUGUUCACAAUGGUAAUUAGAUUUUUUGAAUACCUCAUAUACACAAAUGUGCAAUGUUAUCAAUGUAUAUUUUUAUAUUCAUUUUUUUUUUAUUUUACCGUUUUUUUUAUACAAAUAUACAUUAUGAAAUGUAUUGCUAGAUUGCCAAAAUAGAAGAUUAUUUGUUUAGUAAAGCGUUGUAUGGUUUUUCAAUUUUGUUGAGUUGGAAGACAUUUACUAGUAUCCAACUGUAGCAUUAUUCAAAUUAUUUAUAGUUAUAAAUAUUUCUACAUUGGGUAAAGUAUCCUUUCCAUAAUUCUAUAAUAGCCUCUAAAAAGUUUUUCUUUAUUUCAAGUGUUCGGGACAAGUAAAAAUGUUCAUGUUGAAAAUUUUGAAUACCAUAUUUCAUUACAAGAAUUCAGCUAUCAACAGUUAAGACUUAUUUUGAACAUUUCUAUAAUGCAAGUUUUCUAUUUACAAACACUGGUGGAUAAGAAAAGAAUUAAAGACAUUUUUUCCCGCUGUCAAAGAUUUUUUUAAGAUCUAGACUUAUUAAAUUCAAUACAUUUCUACUUGAUCAAAUCAAUGUUGGGACAAUUGUAGCUGAGAAAGUCAU